CUGCAGCGGCUCCAGCGGCGGCCGAGCGGCCGAGCCCGGGCUGGGAGACACGAUGCGCCGCGUCCUCCGGCUGCUCCUCGGCUGCUUCCUCACCGAGCUGUGCGCCCGCGUGUGCCGGGCGCAGGAGCGAGCGGGGCACGGGCAGCUGGCGCAGCUGGGCGGCGUGGUAGUGCUGGCGGGGGGCAACCGCUCCGGGGGCGCCUCCGGAGAGGCCGGCGAAGGCGCGGGGGUCUCGGACGCGCCCCCUACCCGGGCGCCCACGCCGGACUUCUGCAGGGGCUACUUCGAUGUCAUGGGCCAGUGGGACCCGCCGUUCAACUGCAGCUCGGGCGACUUCAUCUUCUGCUGCGGGACUUGUGGCUUCCGGUUCUGCUGCACGUUUAAGAAGCGGCGAUUAAACCAGAGCACCUGCACCAACUACGACACUCCGCUCUGGCUCAACACCGGCAAGCCCCCCGCGCGCAAGGACGACCCCCUGCACGACCCCACCAAGGACAAGACCAACCUGAUCGUUUACAUCAUCUGCGGGGUGGUGGCCGUCAUGGUGCUCGUAGGCAUCUUCACCAAGCUGGGGCUGGAGAAAGCGCACCGGCCCCAAAGGGAGCACAUGUCCAGAGCCCUUGCAGAUGUCAUGCGGCCCCAGGGCCACUGCAACACUGACCCCAUGGAGAGGGACCUCAACAUUGUGGUUCAUGUCCAGCAUUAUGAAAACAUGGAUACCAGAACCCCCAUAAAUAAUCUUCACACGACCCAGAUGAACAACGCAGUGCCCACCUCGCCUUUGCUCCAGCAGAUGGGCCAUCCCCAUUCGUACCCCAGCCUGGGCCAGAUCUCCAACCCCUACGAGCAGCAGCCACCGGGCAAAGAGCUCAACAAGUACGCCUCCUUGAAGGCAGUCGGAAGUUCUGAUGGUGACUGGGCAGUGGCGACACUUAAGUCACCAAAAGCCGACAAGGUCAAUGAUGACUUCUCCUCCAAGCGACGGCACCUGGCCGAGCUGGCCGCCAAGGGGAACCUCCCUCUGCACCCCGUAAGAGUAGACGAUGAGCCACGGGCCUUCAGCCCUGAGCACGGCCCUGCCAAGCAGAAUGGACAGAAGUCCCGCACCAACAAGAUGCCCCCACAUCCCCUGGCCUACAACUCCACCACCAACUUCAAGGGCUGGGACCCCAACGAGCAUUCCCUCCGGAGGCAGGCUUACGGUAACAAGGGCAAGCUUGGCGCCGCCGAUUCGGGCUCCAGCGACCCCUUGGGGACUCGCACCCAGCACUACCCACCCCCACAGCCAUACUUCAUCACCAACAGCAAAACAGAAGUGACUGUCUGAGCUUUCACUACAGGGAGCAUCCUGGAGACCAUACUCAACUGAGAGAGGCAAAAAAUACCCCCGGCCUACACCCUCCCUGUCCCUCCCCGACCCGCUCCCCCACACCCCGACUCCCCACACCAACCAACGACAAACCUGCUGGUGACAUGAAAUCACGCUUUUCUUGGGUCAUGCCUAACACGUGUCAGCGUGCAGCUGAGCAAGAUGGAAGCAGGGGUGUUCAGCAAUACAGCAAAGGGGAAACUGAGGCACGGCUCUUUCGACUUCAGGCCCGAGGUGGCCAACUCACAUGCGCACGUUGUGGGACUAAUUUUUUUUUCUUUUCCUCCUGACUUAAAACUGAAAUCCAUGACAAAAAAAAAAAAUUGAAAGUAGCACAACUUAGAGAAAUUGCCCAUUUGAGCACAUCCGCCAUUUACCAUGUGCUGUCUGUUCCGGGAUGAAAGAGCUAGGUUGGGGCAGGGGGAGCCCGAGAGUGGACAUGAGAGGAGAGUGUGUUUAAGAGGAGGACUCACUGGGGAGGAAGCCGUGUGCAUCAUAAGUGUUUUCUAAUCCCAAGAAGUAGUGACAUGGACACACAGUUUUGACAAGCGUGAGACAGUAACUGGACCCCAACCGUUCUAUUUAUAGUACUUUUCAUAUCGUCCAUGUUGGAAGCAAAAAAAAAAAAAAAAAACACACACACACACACACACUCAAACUCACAAAAAAUAAAUAGAACCCACCGACAGUGAUGCGAAAGAAAGAGCAUUUUAGAGAAGUCCCGUAAAGACCAUGACCACGGACAUGGGAAGGAUAGUAGGCUUUUCCGGGCGGGGAGAGAGGGUCCAGAGAGUGUGAAAUAACUUUUUUUUUUUUCUUUAAAAAAAAAAAAAGAUAAAUGAUCACAAGCCCACUACAAAACAGACAAAAACAGCAAAUCAGUUUUUGUCUAGAAUCCUCGAGACUUAGGAAAUGAACAAUGGCAUCAGAACAACAACAGCAAAUUCACGGUUGUAAAGUCAACAAGAGGUGAGAAGGGGACCCCGCGUUUCCCACCUUGCCUCUGAGACAAGAAACAGACACUGAAACCAGUCCUCUCUUACCCGUCUCUCCCCAACCCCCCCUCAGCCCGUUGCCGCCGCCGCUGCCGAAUUUCAACUGCUUUGGACUGAAAAUGUCAUACGCGUGGGUGGUGCCUUCAAUGUGUUACUGUUUGAUGACAGUCUUGUUUCCCAAGUGCAACCUGUGUUCUUAGCCCCCCUCCCGCCUGUUUCCUGCAGUAAUAGAUGUCUCCUCCCCCCACCCCUUUGUUGGUGAGCCCGCGCAUCACACAUUCUGAGGGGGCUGCUACCAUGUCAGGGGAACCGAAAGACGAAGAACUCCCUGCCUCCCACCCUGUCACCCCCGGUCCUACUGUCAUCCGGCGCCCCAAACCUCUCAAGCAUUUCUGGGGCUCGUCAUUCCCACGGCCCUCCAAGCCAGCCACCUCCCCAGAUAUUUCCACGGAUUCCUCUCCCAGCCAGAAUCCCCUGAGGUGGUUUUCAGAUUCGUUCUCACAGCCCAUGGCCCUUGGGCAUCCCGACGAAGACCUUUUCCCUGACGCUUCUAUUUGUUCCAUGGAAGCCCAACAAGGAGAGUAAGAGAGAGAGGAGAUUUUGAUUUCAGGUGAGAAGUUUUCGACCAGUCCCUAAUGGCCUUCGCCAGUGGACUGGGACCCUCUUCUGGUGUCAGAAGCUGCACGUGGUGGCCCAAGAAGAUCUAGAGGGUUCCCCGGGAUGCCCAAGGGAGGCGUUCUGCCUCACCGGACUCACCUCCACCAUUAUGGAAGCCAGGAAAUCAGGGGCUUAUUCUCCUUUUCAUUCCCGGCCCCUCUGGGGACAUUGACAAUGCAUGUUAUCUCUCCGGGUCUCAGUCUCCCAUCUGAAACGUAUGGAAAUGGGGCCAGAUCAAGCAAAACUUCUGCCCAUUUCUUAAAGCGCCACCAUGCACAGAAGCCACUACUAGAAGAUCCUCAUUUAUAAAGUGGUUCUACGCUGGACAAAGCAGGGUUGGUGGGGGGAGAGGGGACAGAGUGCCCACUUUCUCAGCCUCUUUGCUGGGAUCCCAGCACUCCCCAGAGUGGGGUAAACACUGCCCCGUUGGUCAGUGUUUCGGUGAAAUGAGUUACCCCCGUACUGAAACCUGCUUUGGCCGUCUCUCUGGAUCACCAUGGAAGCAUUUGUAGCUAAAUUGAUUCACUCCUAAUACUUUGAACUUUUAAAAGGAAAACUUGAUUUCGCCAUUACAAAUAGAAAAGCGGUAUCAAUCACCCUAAAUAGAAAGUAAGUGUAAAGAUAAGGGUGAAGGUAACAAAGGAGUAGUUGUUAAGUUCUAGCUAGCUACUGUUGCUUGUGGAAGGGUCUGAACUUAGAGCCUGGCGUUUGCUGGAUCGUGCUUGGUCUCGCUGUCUCUCCCCCCCUCUUCCAUUCCAUCAUUCCUCUCUCUCCCUUUUUCUUUAUUAAAAUGAUUAGCAGAUGUUAAGAGCUGUUAAAGACAUACCAGCACCCAGAGGAGACUUAGCACUCCAAGGGACUCCAUCGGACUGACAAAACGAGAAGGAACCCACUCCCCUCCGUGACUCGGUGUCAACCAGUGCUAUAUCCUCGUGCUACUACAAAUCAUUUUUGCAUUUGCUAGUGAUGCACAGCGCCUAUUUCAGGAAAUACUGGGUCUGCUUCUCUGUGAGGUUCCCUCCAGCUCCAAAGGUUUGUGAGUCUCAUUCCCCUUUUAGCUCAUCUUGCCUCUCGUCCCCAACUCAUUUCAUCUGACCUUUCUCCCCGUGCUGAUGACGGACCUUUCUUGGUCUCUGAAUCUACCGAAAUUUUUUGUCCCCUCCGUGAUCCUUCUCUUCUGAGUCAGUUUCAUCUGGUGAGUUUUGUUAGUUGACGGGGUUUGGGCAGGACGGUCGCAGUGCGGUCAGUAAGAUGCGGCAGGAUGAUGGACAAGAACGUUCCUUCUCUGUCUCGCUACCUUCCAGUUGGCUUUGAGAACUGGGACCAGGACAGUAGGGGUUGGACAGGGAGGGUGGAUGGAACUCAGGGUACUGACGAAUCUGUGGCCGCCAUGUAUCGACAAGAAUCCUGUGGCUACAGUGGGGAGCUUAGAAGAGAGAAACCCGAAUAAAGAGGCUGUCCCUCCCUCUCCCAGAACCUGAUACUAGCCUCUACUUCCUGCCUUCAGCUAUCCCUGACUUCCAACCCAAUGGGACCAGAGUCUGACUUCCCUUCGCCCUCCCAGAGCAUCUCAGCCUCCAUCCACCUUGGGCUCUGCCUGGCACCCCCAUCUCACUUCCCCCCCCCACCCAGUUUUCCGUGUAAAUGGAGCAUAUUUUAUGUGCAAAUAUUUUAGUAACCGUAUGUUCUGCAAGUAAACCUGUGUUAAUACUUGUCAACAGCUGCAGAGUUUAUGAUACCAAUAAUACUUCCUACAAUGAAGAAAAAAAAAAGACAUUUGUUUGUUUUCUAAAAAUGUUUAUUUGUAAACAUGUAUUCACUAUAUUAAUAUGAAUUUCUUACCUGGCAAUAAAACUGAUUAU